GUGACAUUGGUAACUACUAUUAUGGUCAGGGCCACCCAAUGAAGCCUCAUAGAAUUCGUAUGACACAUAAUCUACUUUUAAACUAUGGCCUCUACAGAAAGAUGGAGAUAUAUAGGCCGCACAAAGCAACACAAGAUGAGAUGACCAAGUUUCACAGUGAUGACUAUAUUAGAUUUAUUCGAUCCAUCCGACCAGAUAACAUGAACGAAUACAACAAACAGAUGCAAAAAUUCAAUGUUGGAGAGGAUUGUCCAGUAUUUGAUGGCCUGUACGAGUUCUGCCAGCUGUCAUCGGGUGGUUCCAUCGCUGGAGCUGUGAAGCUAAAUAAGCAAGCAUGUGAUAUUGCUGUCAACUGGGCGGGUGGUCUUCAUCAUGCCAAAAAGAGUGAAGCAUCAGGGUUUUGCUAUGUCAAUGAUAUUGUUUUAGCAAUAUUGGAACUGCUCAAGUACCACCAGAGAGUUCUCUACAUUGAUAUUGACAUUCAUCAUGGUGAUGGUGUUGAAGAAGCCUUCUACACUACUGACCGAGUAAUGACCGUUUCCUUCCACAAGUACGGAGAAUAUUUCCCGGGCACUGGUGAUCUUAGAGAUAUCGGUGCAGGCAAAGGCAAAUAUUAUGCUGUAAACUUUCCGCUAAGAGAUGGCAUUGAUGAUGAAAGUUACGAGAGCAUAUUUGUACCUAUUCUAACAAAGGUGAUGGAGACUUACCAGCCGUCUGCUAUUGUUCUUCAGUGUGGCGCAGACUCUUUAUCAGGAGACAGACUUGGUUGCUUCAAUCUCACAUUGAAAGGACAUGCUAAAUGUGUGGAGUUUGUCAAGAAGUACAAUUUACCACUUCUACUCUUGGGUGGCGGAGGAUACACAAUUCGCAAUGUUGCAAGGUGCUGGACAUAUGAAACUGCUGUUGCAUUAAGUACAGAUAUUGCUAAUGAGCUUCCAUACAAUGACUACUUUGAAUAUUUUGGACCAGACUUUAAGCUGCACAUAAGCCCUUCAAACAUGGCAAACCAAAACACACCAGAAUAUUUGGACAAAAUUAAAACAAGAUUAUUUGAAAAUUUGAGAAUGCUUCCACAUGCUCCUGGAGUGCAAAGCAUUGCUAUCCCAGAGGACGGUGUAGCAGAAGAAAGUGAAGAUGAGGAUAAGGCCAGUCCAGACGAAAGGAUAUCUAUUCGUGCUUCUGAUAAAAGAAUUGCUCCCGAUAAUGAGUAUUCUGAUUCCGAAGAUGAGGGCGAUGGCCGUAGAGAUGAAAGAUCGUUUAAGCCAAAGAAGAAGACGAAGACAGACGAGGCCGCUGCUAACAAUGGUGCCGGAGACGACAAAAAGGAAGCAUCCGUAACAAAAGAUGAUAAGAGUGGGACACAGGUGGGACCAAAUGAAACCAAAGUAGAGUCUUGAGAAAAAGUUUAUUUUAAUGAUUCAAUUUAAUUAGUAAAAUAUAUUUAGGUUAAUGAUUUCCACAAAGUAUUGACAUUGUAAUUAGCUUUGUCAGAUCUGUGUGCAUUUUUCAUGUGACUUGUUAGUUGACAUGAAGUGAUGAAGUGAUUGCUCAGCACAAGUUACAGUUUGGUUAAAGUUUGCUCGUGAGAUUUCUCAGGGCAUUUAUGAUCAUUAUUCUUGUUCUGGCUAGACAUUUCAUAUUCAAUGUACUAAAAGUUCAUAUUCUGAUAAUUUGCAUGUGCCUUGACAUGUUUUGUGUAAACUUAAAGAUUAUUCAUCAGCAUUAUUGAAGUUGAUGGUCUGGCAAGUUACACGUUUCUUAAUAUUUUCAGUUUAACCGAGAUUGAUGCUGCGUCAAGUCAUGUGUUUCUUAGAAUUUUCACCAUUAAUAAUGGGAUGCCCUGGAAGGUUUCCUGUUUCAUACCAUUUUCACCAGUACUAAGAUUGAUAUGCAAGGUCAGUCGUCACUUCCAGUAAUUGCUGAUAUAUUGUCUACAUUUUUCUCUGGGUAGUACUCUCUAUAACUGAGGUCUUAAUGAAAAGUGUGGCUGGAAAUGAUAGGUUGCUCUUUACUUGUAGUCAGUAUUAUAUAAAUCUCAUGGUUCAUUAAAAGCAUGCAAGAUGAUUACAGUAAUUCUGUGUUUUGCUCAUGUUUGAAGUAUACCAUGUUCCUAAUUCAAUGUUCUUCAAUUGUACUGUAGAUGUUUUUCUCAAGUUUUGUAUAUAUGAGUUGGUGGUACAGUAUAUACACUACAGAUACAGGAAUUUUCUCAUUAAAAUUCGUAAUAUAAUGUCUAGUAUUUACAACUUACAAAUUUUGUUUAGUUUACAAACCAAAAUAGGUCAUUUUUCCUGUAGGAAUUAUGGAGUUAAUUUGCAUCACGCAUAAUUUUCACAAUGAAUGGAUGGUGUGUAAUUUAUCACCUCGUUUUGACACAUUUAUUUUAACCUCCAUUGAACCAAUUUUAUAGUUUUAUUAUUAGGAAGUAGUCUGUAUGUGUAAUGACUCCAAAAACAAUCUGUGGUAAAUUUCUUAGUCAGACUGUGCAGGCUGUGCACAUCUUUAACCAUUUGACUUUCCUCUUUUGGGUAAGUUGGAAUGUAGCCGCAGAGUAGAGACGGUGCAGAAGUAAGCUGCUGUAUGGCAUGGAUCAUUUGUAAGAUGUACUAGUGUUUAUGUUGCAAUACUUUUAAAUAUAUUAAAAUCCAGGUCUAAUGACGUGUGAAUAUUUUUAUUUACCAGAGCUAUCUUAAAAAUGUGAACUUAAGUACAGUGAUUUGAAACUAAAUUAUGUAGAUGUAGUUCAUCUAUCAUUCUUCAUCAUAAAUGCUCUUGGGGGAUAAUUUAUAUCUAGUUGCAAUAAGAAAUAUUUUGUUCACUUCACCUGUUAAAGAUGAUUUAUUUU